UUCGGGAUUUUUGUUGCCAACAACAACUCUGCCUUAGCGGUUUCUGAAUUCACAGCAAUUCCUAGUUCUCUACUAAUUAUCGACAUUUGAAUUGGGAUCAAAAGACUACAUAAACGAUGUCUACUCAAGAUGAAAGGUAUGCAUUUAUCGCAGAGUGGUAUGAUCCCAAUGCUGCUCUUAUCAGGAGGUACCAGUUUCUGUAUUAUCCAAAGGACAAUACAAUUGAAAUGUUUGAUUUAAAAAACAGAAGGCACUUCCUCAAAAGAACAAAAUCAGAACAAAUCACAUUAAAUGAACUGUACAUUGGCAGCACAAUAAAUGUCCAUGCCAGACAGCUGAACUUUGUGGACUAUGGGGACGAAUACACCAGGAAGAAGCUGAGCAGUAAGAAAGAGAGAACAUUAGGCAUGAUCAAACCAGACUCCAUGAAGAAGAUGGGAGAAAUCCUAGACCUGAUUUUUAAGAAUGGCUUUCUCAUCACAAAGAUGAAGAAAAUUUCACUCUCCAGAAAUGAGGCAUUGGAAUUCUAUCAGGAGCACCAAAGUAAAAUGUUUUUCAACACCCUGAUCCAGUACAUCACCAGUGGGCCUGUGAUGGCCUUUGAACUGAUGGGAGAGAACGCUGUGGAGAAGUGGAGGAACCUUUUGGGACCCACUGACUCUGCCGAGGCCAGGAGCGAGGCACCCUACAGUAUCAGGGCUAGGUUCGGCACAGGUGGAAUAUUUUUUCAAGAUCCUUGA